UUUCCAAGCUGAUGUGAAAGACUGCAGAGAAAUUUUACCAAAAAAAAAAAAGAAAGACUGCAGAGAAAGGAAAGAGAUGUUUCGCUAUAAAAAGGAUCCUUUCUCUCACUAGGUUUUCUCUCUCCAACAUUCAUAGAAACAUCACAAACACCAGAAGACACACACUGACACACACAGCCAUACUCCCACUGUCUCUCAUAUUGAUUGGUUGAUGGGCUUCUGAAGGUCUUAUCGGCAACACCACCGGAACAAAAACCAGACAGGUAAAGAGGUAAACCAGAGAAACACAGGCCAAUCUCCAUAUCUCCUAUGUUUACACUUUCCAUGAACAGAUAAGAGUUCUGUGAUUCGUGAAGAAAUAAAAAUGGCGAGAGAGAAAAUUCAGAUAAGAAAGAUCACUAACACGACGGCGAGGCAGGUUACUUUUUCCAAGAGAAGAAGAGGGCUUUUUAAGAAGGCCGAAGAGCUCUCUAUUCUCUGUGAUGCUGAGGUUGCUCUCAUCGUCUUCUCCUCAACUGGAAAGCUCUUCGAAUUCGCUAGCUCGAGUGUGAAGGACAUAGUGGAGAGGCAUCGUCUGCAUUCGAAGAAUCUCCAAAAAUUGGAUGAACCUUCCCUUGAGCUGCAGCUAGAGAACAGCAGCUAUGCCAGGUUGAGCAAGGAAGUUGCUGAGAAUAGCCAUCAACUGAGGAGAAUGAGGGGAGAAGAUCUUGAAGGGUUAAGUAUAGAGGAAUUGCAGAAGCUAGAGAAAUCCCUCGAAACUGGAUUGAGCCGUGUUUUAGAAAGAAAGGGUGAACGAAUUAUGGAGGAGAUCAGCAUACUAAAGAGAAAGGGAUUAGAAUUGGAGAAGGAGAAUGAGCAAUUGAGACAGCUGGUGAAUAUGCCUAGAGCCCAAAGGCUUGUUGCCCAUGAAUCUGAGAACAUAGUCUAUGAAGAAGGCCAAUCAUCAGAAUCUGUUACUAAUAUCUGCAGCUCAGUUGGUCCACCCCAAGAUUAUGAAAGCUCUGAUACUUCUUUAAAGCUGGGGUUGCAACUUUUCUCUAGCGGAAUUUGAGGACAAUGCCGGUGGAGAUUACUUUACUUCAAGAGGGGAAGGCUCUAAAUUCUCAAUGUUCCCUUCAAGUCAAGCUACUAUUUUGUUUUCCUCGUCUUUUGAAGAGCAUGCAAACAAGUAUAUAUUGCUACUCAACGAAUCAAAAUUGCAUAUUACAAUUGUAGUCUUGUUACAUAAGAAUAUAAACUAAUCUUCCUUGUAUGUAUUUAUGUUUUUCCUAAAAUUGUAUUCGCCUCCUUAAGGAGAGUAUAUGUUUGAUGGCUUGCGUUUUCCUUCACAUAAUAAUCUCAAGAAUGUAAAUAUAUAUGGCUUUGAAUAGUUUGUAACCUA